UCCUAUUAUUUGUUUCAGCACACUAAAAGGCCAAAAAUGUCAUUCAGUAAUCCAGAGAAAGUCAAGGCCCUUUUUGGGGACCUUGGCAAGCCAACUAUGCGUGGCAUACGCAAAUGUCCGAAGUGUGGUACAUUUAAUGGCACCAGAGGCAUCAGCUGUAAAAACAAGUCCUGUGAUGUGAUCUUCAGAGAUGUGCAGAAAAAGAAAGGAAAGCAUAGUGUGGAUGCUGUGAAGAUCAUAACUGGUUCAAAUGUUCAGGUGUUUUCAGUGCGUCUACGAGACAAGGGUCCGGACUAUAGAGCCUUUGUUCAGCUGCCUCUUGUGCAGGACAUUGAUGGCAACCCAGCAGAGGCUGUGGACCCUGAAAUUAUAGCAUCAGCAUCUAGGUGUUAUGUUGAAAACUGUAGCAAAAACUCUCAGCUGAAUCUUACAGGGGACACUUGCCCCCACAUCCAGGCAGCUAUAGGCUGCGCUGAGGAGGCCCAGCCUCUCUCCCUGAAGAAUUCAAUAUUGAAUUCUUUGAACAUUUCCAAUGAAACAAAACAGUCAAUUUGGCUGCUGGCAACAGAGACUACAGGUCCAUUAGUACAGAGAGUUACCAAAAACGUGAUGGUUGUCAAAUGCAAACCCAAUCAAAAGCAUCCAUUGGGAUUUUUGCAUUUUGCCUUCUUUGAGACAAAAUUAAAUCGUAAUAGACCUCAACCAGAGUUUAAAUUUCAGUGCAGCUGUAAAGCUUUUAAGGCUCAGAAGGAAGGUAGUUCUAAACAUGACCCACAGAAAAGAUGUGUUCAUUUCUAUGCAUGCAUCACUGCAUUUGGCAGUGAUGACAAACUAGCAGAAGAGUUUGCAUACUACAUAGCUCUGGACAGAGUGGCCAAUGAAGAUGUUUCAGCGGAACGCCAGCUGGUGUCUCUGAUCAACCCUCCAGAUGGACAGGACCACCCUGCUGUCACGGACCCCACACAGGUAGAGGUAGUUCUACAGGAAGAGACAGACGACUUCCUGAGACCACCAACAGCUAAGAAGAAGAAGGAUGAUACCUUGGCUCAAGCCAGUAGUGCACUGCUAACCCUACAAGAAAGUGUAAAUACCACAACACCAAAGAAGCCCAGCCCAGCAAAACCACAGGCUGUCAGCCAGAAAACACCAAGUGUCACACCAAAGAAAACAGUGUUAAAUAAUCUACCUGUGGAGGAGAGCCAGGUGUUUAUAAGCUUUCAUCAGUGGCUGGCAAGUGUUACAGAGAGAAUAAACCAGACAAUGCACUACCAGUUUGAUGGGAAUCCAGACCCUUUAGUUUUCCAUGCUCCCCAAUGUUUCUUUGACUGUCUCCAGCAGAGGAUCGCAACAGGAAACAAGAAAAAGAGGCUGCCAAACAGUACCACUGCUUUUGUCCGGAGAGAUGCUCUUCCUCUUGGAACAUUCACCAAGUACACCUGGCAUAUCACCAAUGUUCUGCAUGUUAAGCAGAUAUUUGAUACACCAGAGAUGUCCCUUGAAAUUACCAGGAAUUUUGUUGAAAAUCGAGAUGGCACUUAUGACUUGUAUGAGGUUCCAAAGGUUCAGGUGGAAAACCUUGAUGAACCUUUUAAGCAGAACAAGAACCAGACUCCAAUCAGGCCAUUUGAACUGAAAACCUACUUAAAAGUUGGUAACAUGGCUCAAGAGCAGAGGGAGCCGACACCAUUUAUAAUAGAAUGGAUACCAGAUAUCUUACCUCAAUCUAGGAUAGGAGAACUGAGAAUCAAAUUUGAAUAUGGUCAUCAGAGAAAUGGAAUAAUUGAGUACAGACAGUCUGUGCCAGUGCAGCAUUCCCAGGUCAUUGAACUGCAGCAGAUUCAGGUGUAACAUCAGUGUGUUGUUCUGUGCAUGAGGAAUAUUCAGACAGCAGGCACAAGCAGGAUAAAGAAUGGUAUUGUAAAACCAGGAAGUUAGGACUUAACUAAUGUAUAAGGCUGAAGUCUAUAUGGCCCUUCCAAUAAAAAUUGGGUGGUGUGAAGUGUUGGUAUAUGGAGUGUUGCAUACAAGGAAUUUGGUUCGUAGAUAGUGGUUAAAGUGAUGCAAGUAUAAGGAACAAUGGGCACAAUGUGUCUAGCUACUGGUGGAAAGAGCUGUUCUCAGAAUUUUAACACUAAAAGAGCAAGGAUCUGCUAAUUAAGACAAGGAGGAUGGAUAUUUCAAUUUAGCUGUUCUUUUCCUUCCAUUUCAGAUGUUAAAGGUGUGAAUAUGGCAUUAUAUUUCUGCAGUUCCGUUUCAUUCAAGUUUUCUUCGUUGGAAAUGAAUGGUGUUAUUCUUACUGUGCCCGUAAGUUGUCCAGAUACGUUUGGGCACAAAUGGUAUUUUUAUCAGUAUUUGGAUGAACUGCUAAAAGUGAUAGAUCUGUCGUUAUUUUGAGUGCACUAAUCUGUGUUAUACAAGUUGUGUGUGUGAUGCUGGCUUCACACAGUCUAGUUUUGGACAUAUUACUGCAGAGAACCCCAGAGUUCCUCAUAUAAUGUUAUGACAGGGGUCGAUGUACAUCCUGAAGUCAUGAUUCAACUCAAAUACAUCAGUUUUAAUGACAUUUAUAUUAUCUUGUCUUUUUAGCAUUAAUUUUUAAAAUACCAGUUGACCAAAGUCUUGUAUUUAUCAUCUGCAUCAGUUGUUAGGAGAGCAGUUGUUUGCAUUGACAUGCAACGGGAAUUGAAUAUGUAGAAGAACAUUGGGAAAUUUGUAAUUAUUCACACCCUGGUGUUUAAAUUGCUUCAAAUAAAGACAGUUGUGUUCCCAUCAAA